AGCAAUACCGGAGUCAGAAAACGUAUUUUACCUGGAGCAGUUGGUACGAGUUUUUGUUUGGUUUUAAAGAGAUAUCAAUAUAGUGUUUACCGAUUUAGCGUUACCGUAGUCUCGUGGGAGUCCAACCUGCUGAAGAUGGGACCGUGCGUGCUGUGUGCCCUGCUCCUGCUUGUUGGUGUGGCUCACAGUGCUCUGUCCACCUGUGGCAGCAGCCAGUUCCAGUGUGGAGAUGGGAAGUGCAUCACGAUACGCUGGGUGUGUGACGGGACAGACGACUGUGGAGACGGAACUGACGAGCUUCCUGGAACCUGCAUGCUGAGGACCUGCAGGUCUACAGAGAUCAGCUGUGGCGGCCGUCUGAACCAGUGUGUUCCUACUUCCUGGCACUGCGAUGGCAUGGUGGACUGUGAGAAUGGAGCUGAUGAGGGGAGCUGUGCUCCUAAGCAGUGCUCCUCCAGUGAGUUCCGCUGCUCCAGCGGUCAGUGUGUCUCCUCCUCCUUCCGGUGUGAUGAGGAGCCGGACUGCGAUGAUGGCUCAGACGAGGCUUCCUGUCCGCCCGCCAGCUGCUCCUCCUCCACCUUCCGUUGCCACAGCAACUCGGCGUGCGUGCCGCUGCUGUGGGCUUGCGACGGCGACGCGGACUGCACCGACGGCUCUGACGAGGUGGGAUGUGGCCCCGCCCCUUUGGCCGCGCAGGCCACGCCCGCCUGUUCGCCGCUCGAGUUUCCCUGCGGGAACGGGGAGUGUAUCCACGGCAGCUGGAGGUGUGACGGGGGGGCCGACUGCCUGGACCGCUCCGACGAGGACGGAUGCUCCCGGACCACAUGUGGUCCUGAUGAGUUUGAGUGUGGCGAUGGUUCCUGUAUCCAUGGCAGCCGUCAGUGUGACCGCCAGUAUGACUGUCGAGACCUUAGUGACGAGAUGGGCUGUGUCAACGUCAGCAGGUGUGAGGCUCCAGCCAUGUUCCGGUGUCGGAGUGGAGAGUGCAUCACCAUGGCGAAGGUGUGUGACAGGCAGAAGGACUGCCGUGAUUGGUCGGACGAGCCUCUGAGGGAAUGUGACUCUAAUGAAUGUCUGAACAACAAUGGUGGCUGCUCCCACGUCUGCCAGGACCUGAAGAUCGGCUUCCAGUGUCUCUGUCCCUCUGGCUUCCAGCUGAUCGACACCAAGCGCUGUGAAGAUAUAGAUGAGUGUCUGAGUCCGGACACAUGUAGCCAGAUCUGUGUGAACCAGGUGGGAAGCUACAAGUGUGACUGUGAGGAUGGCUACCAGGUGGACCCCAGUAGCUCAGCCUGCAAGGCCAUCGGCACGGUGGCCUACCUGUUCUUCACCAACCGCCACGAGGUGAGGAAGAUGACCCUGGACAAGAGCGAGUACACCUGCGUCAUCCCACGCCUCAAGAACGCUGUGGCCCUCGACAUCAACAUGGCCGCCAACAUCAUCUACUGGUCAGACCUGUCCCAGAAGAAGAUCUACAGUGCGUCCCUGGCUACGGCAGAAGACCCCGCCCCCCCCCGAGUAGUGAUUGACAGCGACGUGUCGGCUCCCGAGGGCCUGGCAGUUGACUGGAUCCACGGCAACAUCUACUGGACCGACAGCAUCCGCAGCACUAUCUCCGUGGCAACGGCAGACGGAAGCCGGAGAAAGACUUUGUUCCAGAAAGAUCUGGCGAAGCCCCGCGCCAUUGUGGUGGAUCCCCACAGCAACUUCCUGUACUGGUCGGACUGGGGAACAACAGCGAAGAUAGAGAAGGCGGGUCUGAAUGGAGGAGACCGCAACACCCUGGUCUCAGACAACAUCGUCUGGCCCAACGGCAUCACCCUGGACCUGCUGAACCAGCGCCUGUACUGGGUGGACUCUAAGCUCCACACUCUGUCCAGCAUCAGUGUGCAGGGCGGGGGCAGGCGGACCCUCAUCAUGGACCACAGCAGGCUGGCUCACCCCCUGGGCAUCGCUGUGUUCGAGGAGAGAGUGUUCUGGACAGAUGUGAGCAGGAACGUGAUCCAGAGUGCCAGCCGUCUGACGGGUGGAAACAUCCAGACGCUGGCGGAGCACCUGGCGUCCCCGGAAGACAUCAUCUUGUUCCACAACCUCAAACAGCCCGCCGGUCGUGAUUGGUGCAAGAUAGCCAAUGGAGGCUGUGAGUUCCUGUGUCUGGCAGCACCUCAGGUGGGGAGCCACGCCCCUAAGUACACAUGUGCCUGCCCUGACCACAUGCAGCUGGCCAAGAACCUGAGGGGCUGUGUCCCAGCUGCUCCUGCAGUUCCUGUUCAGCCUGAUGCCCCCCCCACUCCCAGGACCCCCCCUCCGACCCCCCGUAAGACCCCCGCUCCAACAGGCACCAGGACCCCCCCUCCGACCCCCCGCAAUAGCCCUGCUCCAACAGGCACCAGGACCCCCCCUCCGACCCCCCGCAAUACCCCCGCUCCAACAGGCACCAGGACUCUCGCCCCCUCCACCACCUGGCCAACUCCUCUGGCCCCAAGACCGGAACCCAGGAUCCCCACAGCCCAGCCCCCCAGCCAGCCUGCUGCCCCCCCCCAAGAGUCAGGGAGACCAGAGCUAGCCUCCAUACCCAGGACUUCCCUCUCCACCCAGACCGCCCUGUACAUCUCUGUUCCCAUAGUCGUGGUGGUUCUGGUGGCGUUCGUUGCCAUGGUGUUGUGGAGAAACUACCGUCUGAAGACCAGCAACACAAUCCACUUUGACAACCCAGUCUACCAGAAGACCACGGAGGACCAGGUGCACAUCUGCAGGAGCCACAGCCCUGACGGGUACUCCUACCCUGCGAGACAGGUAGUGAGUCUGGAUGAGGAGGCUGAUAACCCUGCAUUCACCUCCUAGAGAGGAGAGGAGCAGGAGCUGGCUAUAGAAGCUACAUGGACGGGAUUUUACCUCAAAGACACAUACCAGAGGCACACUUCAAGACCAAACCACAACAGCCUGAGACACUGCCGGGGUGGAGAGGGAGGGAGAGGGGGAGAUAAAGAGAGAGAGAGAGGGGGAGGGAGGAAGGGAGGAGCGGCUGAACAAGGGAGGACGGGCUUCUUUUAUCCCUCCGUCCAAAAUCUCUGUUAUCGUUGUUGUCAUCCAGCCCACCACCGUCCUUCUGGAAGCUUCCAGAUCUUUCUGGUUCUGACUGGUUCUGACUGGCUUUGACUGGUUCUGACUGGUUUUGGUCCUCCCUGCUUCCAGCUUCGGUUCAACGGAGAGCUCUUCUGAAGUCCAACACAAAACUUUUUUUUUCUUCAUGAAUAAUGUUCUGUUGUGCGUUUUUUGUGUUUUACUAUUGUGUAUGAAAUCUUGGUACUGACCUGCAUCAGGACCUCGGACACACUUUUGUGAUUAACAUCGCUGACAGGAAGCUAACAUCGUUGACAGGAAGCUAACAUCGCUGACAGGAAGCUGACAUCGCUGACAAGAAGCUAACAUCGCAGACAGGAAGCUAACAUCGCUGACAGGAAGCUAACAUCGCUGACAGGAAGCUAACAUCGCGGACAGGAAGCUAACAUCGCUGACAGGAAGCUAACAUCGCAGACAGGAAUCUUACAGCUGCAGGUUGGGGGGAGAUCUGUGACCUCAUCUGCAUCAACAAGGACCAAUGGACUUUCACACCACACAUACACACAGGCAAUACACACUCAGGUAACACACCCACAGGCAUCACACACACUCAGGUAACUCCCAGCCUCACUUCUCUCACCCCAGCUUGUGAGGUUGUGAAGGGUUGUGCAAGGUUGUGUAAGGUUGUGUGAGACACAAACAGAGAUGAUAGGUAUCAAACAGUGCAGAUUAUGAUAAUGUAAAUAUUGGUGUUCAUAAAUGUACAGCUCAUAUUUGUUCUUGUUUGGUUUUGUGUCAUGACAACGUUAUCCUGCCAACUUUGUACCCUUUCAAACAUUUUCUGUAUAUAAAUAAAUGCUUCUAUUCAUUUUAGAAUCAUUACAUUUGGUUUAAUGCUUGGUGUGUGCGAUCUGUCUGACCUGCCUGCAGUGCUGAAAUCAGCUGUAGUGCUUGCUGUGUGAAAUCAGCCCUCCCUGACUUCAUACUGCAUUUGAAUCAUCAGACAGAUUAAACAGACGUUAACAACAGGAGAAUCCUUUGUCCUUCUGGGCUUUGUGUGACCUGUGGCUCCUGCCUCUCACACAACACAGCACAAAAUGUCCUUUUAUUAGAUACAUAGAACUCAGGUCUAUAUCAUAUGAAUAGAGCCAAACCA